GUUUAAACAUUUAUAUCUUACAGUGCAUUAGCAUAAUGGCUUUCGUCUAUCAAGGUGAUGCAGAUUUGGAGUCAAAGGCGAAAAAAGCUGCUGAGCGUAUAUCAGAAAACAUGCACAUAGUAGCGAACGAGCCGUCUCUAGCAUUAUAUAGACUACAGGAACAUGUAAGAAAAGCUUUACCUCCUAUGGUAGAAAGAAGAGUUGAAGUCACUAAAUUACAGCAUGAACUACAAGGCCGGUGUUAUGAUGUGGAAUAUGCAUUGAGUGCAGUGAAGUCAAUGGACGGCGCAGCAACGAGCUUCAAAAACAUCCAGGAAAUGUUAAAACAGUCAAUAUUUUUAAAACAACAAUUAAAAUAUGAGGAGGCUAGGAGAAAUAAAAAAGAUACAAAUUCUGUUUACAAGCGUCUCUCUGCUCACAUUGUGUUAGACCUUCCAGACCUGUCUGAAUUCUCUAUGAUACGUGAAACGACAAAUCGGUUAGAAAAUAUCAUGACACAAGCUAGAGGCUCAAAUAAUGAGCUGCACAGGUCACAUACUACAUUGCAUUGAAAUGGAACAAAUAUUUAAUGCUAAAAAUUGAUAAAUAACAUAGUCAAAUCAGUAUUUGAUCUCACUAGAAAGUCUGUAUCUGGUCGUAAGGAUAACCAAAGCUUAGUUUUACAUUUUCACGUAUAAAAAUAGGUUUCUAGAAGCUUUGAGUCAUUUCAUAUUUAAAAAAAAAAAACAUAAGUAUUAUCUUCGUUUUUCAGUAGUGUAAUUUUGUUUAAUGCUACUGACAUGAUAUCUUAAAUAAUAAGUGCAAGGGAACUUAAUUUCAUAAAUAUACUAAAUUCAAUUAGAUAGUAAUAAAAGUUGUUACCAUGAAAUAAACAUAAUUUUUUUUAGGAAAAAUUUAGUCUUUCCGUGUGGUAUUUACUAGUAUAUAAAUUGUUUAAUUUGAUGCUUAGGUAAUCUAUUGACUAGCUAUACCUAGCUAUAUGAUAAAGCAAAAUUAUAACAGUAAAUAACAAAUUAUAAGACUCACUCUUUAUAUUUAAAGACAGUAAAUUAUGUCUAGGUAUUAUAUCAGAUGUGGCACGAAAAGUUCUGUAUGUAUAUGUAUGUAUUUAUGUGUAUUUAAAAUGAUUAGGUGUAAAUAUUUUUUAGCUUCAUAUUUGGUGUUGGUAAUAUUCGUUGAUAUCACAAAUUAUAAAAUGUACAGCCAUAAAUCUCACUAAAAUUUUAUUAGUAAGAAAAACACCAGCUUAAGCUAAAUUAUUAUUUAUUGCUUGUAAUGCAAAUCAUCACCAUUGUGCUAUUCUGCUUAUUUUAAACAAAUGCUUAAAAUAAAAUAAACAUUUCUUUUUACUAACAA